AUGCGCUGUCUAUUUGCAUUUCUUUUGAUACCUCAGGAAGGUCUAGAGAACACGAAGCGCUUGGCUAUAUUGAGCAAUGAACUUUUUGGUUCAUAUUACGAUGUUUUCAUACCUGAAGCCAAUGAAAAUUUCCCGGUUGUCAAAUUUAGUACCGGAAUAAAGAUGACGAAGGUCGAAAUCACCGGGCCUGGCACGUACCCAAGGGCAUACUGCACCGAAAAACUGUCAUUAAAGAGUCUGAUAAAAGAAGUCACCAGAAAUUUGAAGAGUGCUUAUGAACACUCUCAUUUGGGACUGGGUAACGCCGAUGAGGCGGCAAGAAGAUGUCUUGAAGUACUCAAAACUUUAUCCGUUUCGGCAAGGGAAUCAUCAGAUAUGGGUGUAUCAACUACUGAGUAUACACCACUUAAUACUAUUGAUCCUUCUUAUCAAUCGACUUCCAAUGCCAGAAAACCGAAAAAAAUACGAAAACCGAAAAAAAUACGGCAACGUCUCUUUGGAACCUCAUCGCAUAAGCUAGAGCAGCUACCGAAGAUAUUACACUCAGAAAUACGUGAGAUGAAAAAUUGUCCGGACUUGGGGCUCAUCAGUCUCGCCUAUCAGAAAAAGAUAAAAGCAACAGGUCUCGGAGUCCACUUUGCUCCGGAAAACUCCCAUGCAGAAUUUGAGGUGAAAUUCGAUGAUACUGUGGACUUAAAUAGUAUUGUUUUUCCAGGCCAAUUAUUUGCACAAAACAACUACCAUUAUCAGUCUUUCGUCCUAGCUUGGUAUAUGGGUCAUCUGCACGUAUUCAAAAAAAAUACUCCAAAGUCUUUAUGGUGGCCAGAAACGUUAAUUGGAUUAGAAAAGGGUAAUGGAGAGAAGAUAAUAGAUUUUAUUUGUAAGCACUAUAAAGUGCUUCAGCCCUUGACUAAAAUUAUCCAUGAACAUGAUAAACAUGAAUAUGCUUCUGGAUGUUGUUUUAUAAAUUGCUUUACUAGCAAUAAAGAGUAUCAACAAGAGAGCGAUCGAAUCAUUGCUGAGAUCAGACCUUUGAAAUUGGAAAGACUACCCGAAUCAGUUGAUAAAUUGUAG